CGUGCUGUGUGCCACGCCGCCACCGCUGCAGCUGCACAGAGGGAAUUUGACGGGGUGGGCGGAUUGGUGAACUGGUGGACUGGUGAAGCACUGAAGAUGGCGGGUUGUAUUGGGGUUUGGGGUUUGUUACGGCAUGCAAACAUGCACCAAACCUGAACCCAAGCAACAUGAAGGGUGGAACCAAGCAACAACCACGCAAAUAUGCAACCGAGCACACGAGCAAGCAAGCAAUUACAUCAAGCAACCAAGCAACAAAGCAACGUGGUAGUAUGCCUUUGUUUCCCCCCCUUUUUUUUUCUUUUCUUCUUUUUCUCUAUCUAUACUUCUCCUCUUUUGUUCCUGUGCUCGGUAUAUGCGGCGUUGGGUGGUGUGGUCAAUACCUCGUUUGCUGAUCCUCAGGAUUGGACAGCCGAUGCUGCGGUAUACUUUCUAUGCUUUAUUGCAUCCUUUCUGUUCAAGGCACUUCUUUGGGGGCGUCUUCCUGUGGACUUCCCUUUGGGGGCGUCGUCCUGCCUGGCAUUCCCUUGGGGGGCGUCUUCCUACCCGGCGUUCCCUUGUGCAAGUUGGGGGGCAUCUCCUGUGUGGAAUGCUGUGUGGACUGUCCUUGGAGGAAACGCUCGGGUCAGAGCAAUCAUGAUGCCUGUACGAUUCACACGAAUCACAUGGGGAUGACGAUGAUGAACCCUCUAUCGGAAGCAUCACGUGCAACGAUAUUUUGACCCUGACUUGGGUACCGUCUUUAUCCUGCUAUUGAGGGUUCUUUCGGGUCGGGUAAUCUCUGACCGGCUUUGGAC